AUGUCGUCCUCGCCAGGAUCGGCAGUUACGCAAUUGAACCUGCCUUCUUUCGAGAUGGCCAAGGCCCUAGCCUUGGGGUCGGCCCUGAUGGAUGGUCUCGAACAGGAGAAGGUAGACCAUACCCCUUGGCUCACGAUGCUCGAUCAGCAAUUCAUGGAGGAUAAUCCUGUAGAAGGCGGCCAGUCAGGUGAAGGGCUUGUCCCCCCAGUGGAUGGCACGGCGGACAUACCAGCAUCGGCCCCAGAGGAGCCCGAGUCCUUUCCAUUGGCCGUGUGUCAGGCGAAGCGGAAGCCAGCGGAGUUGACAUAUGUAGAGAGGCUCGUGCCCAAGUCGAUACGUCGGGCGGUGAAGCCUGACGAUGUAUCGGCUCGAUGGACCUUCCUUGACAACCGCCUGUGUGUGGAGCUCACGAACAAGCUCUUCGGAGACGAUAGGAUCCUCUAUGUAUCCGCGGAUGUGGAGCCCCAUCCUCAGCCCAUGGGGAUGGUAGGGCCUCGGAGCGUGGACUGUCUACCACUAUUCGCUGAAGCCGAUGAGCUCUUACUGCGAUCAAAGGAACUGCGACUACUGCUCGCGAUGGUGUGUCGGGAGAGCCCAUGUCAUCUGGGGGAAAUAGUAAUGACGCUGGGGGAUGGGUCUGAUAAGAAGACGGCUGAUCGAGAGGAGAAAAAGAAGACUACUCCUAGGUCGAGGAAACGGCAAAGGUCUCCGCCCAGACGUUCAAGGGCUGAUGACGAGGACGACGACGACGAGUGGGAUCUUGACAGCGACACCUCGGAGUACUUAGAUGAACCCCGAGGGGCUUCAGUGAAUUCAAGAAGUCUACCUAAGAGACUCUCCCGGAGGCCACCGAAGCGGCUGGGCAUUGACGAUGAUACAGUCAGUGACUAUACGUCUGACUUGGAUCAAAGGUCUGCGGUGAGGGGCACCAGUAGGGCUAUUCCGAUGAAAAAUAACCAUUCGGUCAAGCGGAGCGGAGGCGGCAGCCGAGAUGGGAGGAAAGCGAGGACUUUCAAGCGCCGUAGUAAGCAGUCUGAAGUAGAAGAUUCUGAGGCUGAUGACAGUACCGUGCCCGACGAGGUCGUCAUGGCCGCGGCUCGGGCCAGGCGGAUGCGGGCAUCAGCGGACAUCUGGCCCCCAGGUGUCCGGCCCGUGGGCACCAGACGACUCCUCUGCAUGGUUCGGGGUGAGGUUGUGUAUGGGCAGCGAUGA